AUGUCGGGAACGAUCUCGUGGCUUAACACAAGUAAGGAUCCAGUGGUUGGUAACGAGCAAAAAUCAGGCGCCUUCUGGAAGAGAGUCGCAGCUUACUUUGGGGCAAGUCCGAAGCUUGCUGGCUGCGAGCAGAGAGAGCCUAGCCACUGUAAGCAAAGGUGGCACAAGAUUAACAACUUGGUGAGCAAGUUCUGUGGGUGUUAUGAAGCCGCAACGAGAGAGAAGGCUAGCGGAUGCAAUGAGAAUGAUGUCCUGAAGCGAGCCCAUGAAAUUUUCUACAAUAACCACAAGAAGAAAUUCACCCUUGAGCAUGCCUGGAAGGAGUUAAGGAACGAUCAGAAGUGGUGUGACCUUGCCACUGCCAAAACUGAUGGAAGCUCUAAGAAGAGGAAGUGUGAUGAUGGUGCAGAUUCAUCAAGCUCGCAAGCUACUGGAUCCAAGCGUCCAGCGGGUGUGAAGGCUGCAAAGGCCGGUGGUAAGAAGACUAUGGCAGAGGAGACUGUGCAUGCAGAGUUUCAGAGAAUGUGUAACAUUAAACAGCAAGACUUGGCAGUGAAAGAGAAAGACUUGGUAGUGAAAGAGAAAGACUUGGUAGUGAAAGAGAAGGUCUCGAAGAUGAGUCUACUUGACUCUCUUAUUGCCAAAAAAGAACCUCUAGGCGACUAUGAAGAAGCCCUCAAGAAGAAGCUCAUCAGUGACUUGAUAUAUAACUAG